GAUGCAUCACCAAUCAUGAAUCCUGGAAAUGCUAACAAGAUCUGCUUCUUUGCGAUGCUAUGUUCUGCGACAGAAUAGAACUUACACUUCCAAGCCAUCUGGUCUUCGUGCUGUACCAAUCCUCGGCGAUGCCUCAUUGACCACCUUUCGGGACAACGCCUUCAUCCCUGCUGUGCCAUCUCUUCUGCCUCGAGGAUCAUUCUCAUCGAUACCUGCCAUUCCCAAAUGGUUUGAUGCUUCCUCGGGGACACCUUCUCACCCGAUCCUCAACACUGCCUAUCUAAAGAAAUGGGGCUCGACUGUUGUUCCUCUUGAGAUCACCAAUGAAGGCGGCCAGUUUGCUCAAGUGCACCAGCCUCUUCAGUUCUUCCUCGACGCCACUGAGCUCGAGACCAAAGCCAGUAUUUACCUAGCUCAGGCUUCUUUGUCUGACCUACCCUCUUCUCUGCUGGAGGAUCUGCCUACUCCGGAGAUUGUGCUCAAAGCUGGCAAAGGCGAUGUCUAUGACACAAGUAUCUGGCUAGGCCAAGCACCAACAUAUACGCCUCUACACCGCGAUCCCAAUCCCAAUCUGUUUGUCCAACUGGCCGGCAGGAAGCAGAUACGCCUCUUCAAGCCAGACUUGGGUAAUGCCAUUUUUCAUCAUGUCCAAGCUAGUAUUGGAGGGGCUGCGAACGCCACUAUGAGAGGCGCCGAAAUGAUGGAAGGUGCCGAACGUAUAGCUCUAGAACGGGCUGUUUGGGAGCCUCAUUCGGAUGCUUUCUGGACUGCUGAAGGCCUUCAAUGCGAGGUUGGUCCUGGAGAUGGGCUGUUCAUCCCUAAGGGAUGGUGGCAUAGCAUCAAGGGUAUUGGUCAGGGUAUGAUUGGUUCUGUCAAUUGGUGGUUCCGAUAAUGCAGACCAAUCUUGUCUUCCUUCAUGACUGCACCCGCACAUAUAUCUGUGGUGCAAUAAAUUAGACGUAUACAUACACAUCUUAUUUCGAUUUGGAGACAUGUUAUGUUGAACAGGACAGAUGGUAUCAAUACAACAGGCUAACAUAGAAAAUGACGAAAAAACGAUCUAGAGAUUCGGCAU